AUGGCGGCAACGACGCUGGCGCUGAGCAGCGGGCACCAGAUGCCGGCGGUGGGGCUCGGCGUCUGGCGGAUGGACUCCUCCGCCCUCCGCGGCCUCAUCCUGUCUGCCCUCCGCGCCGGCUACCGCCACUUCGACUGCGCCGCUUACUACCAAAACGAGGCUGAAGUUGGUGAUGCACUUGCGGAGGCAUUCCAGACUGGACUCGUCAAGAGGGCGGAUCUUUUCAUCACAAACAAGGUGUGGAACUCAGAUCAUGGGCAUGUAGUUGAAGCCUGCAAGGAUAGUCUGAAGAAGCUGCGACUGGAUUAUCUAGAUCUCUACCUUAUUCACUUCCCGCUAGCUACUAAGCAUGCUGGAGUUGGCACAACUCCCAGUGCUCUUGGUGACGAUGGUGUGCUUGAUAUAGAUGCCAGUAUCUCACUGGAGACAACAUGGCAUGUAAUGGAAGAUCUUGUUUCCAUGGGACUGGUUCAUAGCAUUGGGAUUAGCAACUACGACAUCUUCCUUACCAGAGACUGCUUGGCGUAUGCCAAGAUAAAGCCCGCGGUGAACCAAAUCGAGACGCACCCUUACUUCCAGCGCGACUCUCUUGUGAAGUUCUGCCAGAAGCAUGGAAUCUGCGUCACUGCACACACACCCCUGAGCGGCUCCACUGCCAACACAGAGCGGUUUGGCUCUGUCUCAUGUCUCGACGACCCUGUCAUCAAGUCUCUGGCGGAGAAAUACGGCAAGACGCCGGUGCAACUCGUCCUCAGGUGGGGCCUCCAGAGGAACACGGUGGUGAUCCCGAAGACCUCCAAGGUGGAGAGGCUGGAUGAGAACUUCGCGGUGUUCGACUUUGACAUCUCGGGCGAGGACAUGGAAAAAAUCAAGGCCCUUGACCGCAACUACCGCACCAACAAUCCGACCAAGUUCUGGGGCAUUGACCUCUACGCUUGAUCGAUUCCACUGCAUGAUUUGCUUCCCGGACAGCACCAACAACAAGUUAUCAUUUCUUAGCUGAGACGA